CAGCGCCGUGAUUGCGACAGUCCCAGGCCUCGUCACUUUCAGUCGCCCAUCAUGCCCCCUUUCAAAGAUGAACAUAUUCUGAUAAUUGCGCCAGGCUCGCAGGUCACCCUGGCGCAACUCGGCCUACCAGAAUCAUUCACACCUGCUCGAUUUCGCUUCCCCACGCGGAUGUUCCCGGCCGAGAAGAAGGGUGAGUAUGAACCAUACAAGAUCCGCGAGCGUCGACACGAGGUCCCAGUCAGCAAUGGUACCGAGGCGCCCAAGGAGGACGUGGAGAUGAAGGAUGCGGAUUCCACCACCCAACAAGACACGGUGAAGACGGAGGCGACGACCGAGCAGCCCGAAGCCUCUGCCAAUACAGAACCGAAGAAGGAGGAAGCACAACCUACCGACGACCAGCCGACCGACCCCGCAGCCGAGAAACCUACCACUACAGAGAUCUACUACGAAGAAGACGUGACAUCGAAUGAAGGGGCGAUCUAUCCCAUCGAGAAUGGUCGCAUCGUUGACUGGUCAUGCUUCUUUGCCCUCCUAACCCACGUCCACAACACCCUCAGUCCCCCAUUCCACACCCCUAUCAUGCUCAUUGCAGAACCGGCCUGGUCCGCACGGGACCGCGAGACGAUUACUCAAUUCGUCUUCGAGAAGUUCAAGACGCCCGCAUUCUGCAUGAUGGACUCUGCGCUCGCCGUCUGCUACGGCUACGGUACAUCAACAGCCACGGUGGUCGAUGUCGGGAAGGAUAAGGUCGAUGUUACGGCUGUUACAGAUUUUAUUGUCAGCGAGCACGGAAGAGGUCUCGCAUUGGAAGGCUGCGGUGGGGACUACAUGACGGACCGCCUGGUUGAACUCCUGGGGUCGAAAGGCUUCUCCAGAGAGAUGUGCGAACAGCUAAAACGAAGCAACAUCACCGAGCUUCUCCCUCCCGGUACGCCACUACCCGGAACCGCUGCCACUGCGCGACAGGGCGUCAACCCAGCCGCGUCUGCGUCCACGGGCGCUCAGAAUGGCAGCGCGAAUGAAACUGUUCCCCGCGGUCCGGGCGAUGGCACCCAGACCGGGGCUGAGGGCAAUGGGGAUGACGAGGAUGAGGGCGUUUUGGACGUCGCAGCUAUCGUUAGCGGCAACACCAGCGAGUUCCUCGCCAAUCGAGAGAAGGAAAAGGCGGAGAAGGCUUCGACCAAGAAGGGCAGUACAGAUCAAAACGCAAAGCCUGUCCGUUUGCCCAACUCGAAAAAAGAAAGGGCGACAUUCCAGUUCGAAGAGUAUGUACGGAUAGAGUCAGAAAAGGAGGCAGCCAACGGCCCCGGUCGGUACAUCCGCCAAACGCGAGAGAUUGAGGUCGGCGUCGAGCGGUUCCUGGCGGCAACGCCCAAGCAGAAUUCCGGCGAGCGCCUAACCAGCGGGCUCUUGGAGGACAUCGCAACCCAAAUCCACCACACGAUUCUCGCUGUCCCGGAUGCCACCAAGCGGAGUGAGCUUUGGGAUUCAUUGAUCGUUGUUGGCAAUGGCAGCAAGAUCAAGGGAUUCACGGCAUCUCUGCUUGGCGCCAUCACCCAAAAAUACAUUCUCUCUCCAUCCGCCACCAUGUUCACCUCCGAAAUCCCUUCCAACUUCUCCACCCCUCUUCCGACAGGAGGAACCAACACUCCUGCCCCCUCUGGCCAGCCUGGUCCGAUGAACCACCCUGCUGGUCACGGUGUCAAUCCUCUCCUUGUCGCCGCCACACACUCCAACAACCCGGCGUCCUCCAGCAUCCCCCCCGGAACCCCACUGAUGGAUCCCACAUCAAUGUCGCAUCACCACCGGUCCACGGGGCACUCCCAAACCCCAACCUCGGUCAAGACACUGCGACCUCCGGAGUACUUUUCUGAAUGGAAAGAGCAGGCCAACACCAACGCACCCGGGGCAGCUGGCCCUGGCGGCCCCGGCGUGGCGAGUGGUGGCCACGGUAUGGAGGAGGCGGUCUUCCUAGGGGCCCAGGUCGCAUCCAAAGUCGUUUUCGUGCUCGACCAGGGUCUCAGCAAGGGCUUCAUGACCCGGGUGGAGUAUAACGAGAACGGCCCGUCCGCGAUCCAUGAUUAUGUCAUGUGAUAGGCCUAUGAAUUGUCUCGGAAAGGGAGUUUGUUUCUUUAUUUUUCUACCUGAAAUACUCGAAUAAUUUUUUUUUCCAUCCAGGGUUAUCUGUACCUUAACUACAUGACUAGCGUCCUUUUUUGAAGAAAAUUAGAGGGCGGGGAAAGACAAGAAAAGCAAGUCUAUCCACCCGAGUUACGGAGAUUGAGGCUGUAGUCGAAUCCUACACACGAUUCAGGGUAAGUAUAUGUACAAAGGCUUGC